AUGCAUCCCUGCCAGGGCUUUGUUGGCUUUGCAAGCCUUUUCCUUCGCUUGCAUGCCUCGGAAUGCCUCGUCGGGCAGCUCUGUGAGACUUCAGAAGAUGUUGGACAGGAUGGACCAUCUUUGCUCCAGACACCUCCACAAAAUGGCCAGCGCGGUCGUGCCAAGGAGUUUGUGGCCCUUCCGUUGGCCAACCCUUGCGUCCUGAAUACCACGGACAUCGAGUGUCCAUAUCGCUUCAACGACCAGCCACUCCGGUGGGUGAAGUUGACCUAUCCGAAAAGGCCAUUCACCUCCAUCGAUGAAGUCUCCUGGGAAGAAGCCGAGGGAUCGCCUGCUUUGGGCAAGUUGGACACGAUGACUCUGGGGGUCCAUAACUUUGCCUUGGCUGCCAAGCUUCAUCCGAGCUUCCGGAGGGAGAGGAAGCUCUACGGCUUGGUCACCACGUACAAGGCUGGCCACCCGAAGCAUCUGACUGGAGGUUGCUGUGCAGACUACCUGCGAGUAUGGGAUUCGAGCUAUGGCGAUGCCAAGUACGAGGACAUCAAUAUCCUGGCUGCCGCAGAAAGGGCCCUCAGCAAGAAGCCACUAGUCUUUGUGGCGCCCACCCACACCUUCUUCCUAGAAGAGUUUGACGGCGUCCUACAUGCAAUCAUCUGUGUUCAAUACAAGGAGAAGCAGACUGACAACAACUUCGGAGGCGUAUUUCUGGAUGCAUUCAUUGUGCUUAAUCUGGAGGACGGUAGGACUUUAAAGAAGACGGCCGACGGAGAAGAUUUCUUUUCCAUUUACGAUAGCCUAGGGACUUUUGCAAGCGAGAGCAGCGAGACGAUCUACAAAAUUCCAUUCAAGAACGUGAGCAACAAGACACGCAACCCAGAUAGUCCGGCCUUCACCCAACAAUGGCACCUCAACGGUGUCACCCGGUUCAUCGCCGGAGACACCGCGGUCCUCGCCUUCACCACGUACUUCCUGAAUGCCGCAGUCCUGCUGAAGGACCCGUUCACCCACAAGAGCGCAGACGGGGGCGGCGAAAUCCUGCAGCAGUUCGGCAUGCCAGGCUAUGGGGAGUCUUCGCGGACGGUGCCUGGCGAAGCGGCUCCGAUGACGCCCCCGCACAAGUUCGGCAUGGCUGCAGAUGUAACGGGUUGGGACGGCGUCCACAAUGUCUACCCCUACCAGAAGGAAGACGGCAGUUGGUGGAUUACGCUCUUCAACAACAACGGAAACUGGACCGAGGGAGCGUCCCAAGAGGCUUCUUCCGCAAACGGCCUCAGCAUCGCCUGGGACUUCCGAGUCCGUCUGGUGCCGAAAAGCAAUGCCGCAUUGACAGAUGACGUCUUUGCAACGGACUAUACCAGGCUGGCGCUGGAACGUGGGCCGAACAACGAGAAGAAUUUCAGCCUCGUUGAGGGCGGUUCGCGACCUCUCGGCCGUGGUGGCGUUUUCAUCACAGGCGCUGCUCAAAUCGGCCUGGUGGUACAUGAUGCAUCGGGCAGGUUCAAGUCCUGGAAUGCGUCCCAGAAUAUCUACGACUCCUUUGCUGCUUUCACGGCACCUUCGCGCCGCCCUUGGUCCAUGGUUUCGGAGCGGUUCCGGAAGCCCGUGACUUUGGGAGACAUUGUGGAGAGAAGCUGA